GUUGGUGGUGAUGAUCAGCAUGCAGUAUUACGUAAGAUGAAUAGAAACUCGUAUGUCAUCUUGUGUGGCCAAAUAGCAAAAUACAAUGAAGAUGUGCCGUACCCACCACCGCUCCCAAACGAAAUUGAGCAAUUGGUGGCUGAUCAUAACAUCACUAGAGAGCGAUUUCUUGUUCUUAACUAUCCUGAGCAAUUUGAAGGAGCAGUCAACCAACUGGCAUUAUGGUAUUUUUCUGGAAAAAUUAAGGUAAGAGAGACGAUUAUUGAGGGCUUGGAGAAUGCAGGGAAAGCUUUUGUGUCAAUGAUGAAUGGUGGAAACAUUGGUAAGCAAUUGGUCAAGGCACUAUGAGCCAUGACCAGCUUGUUCUACUGGUGAUAGGACUGUACACCAAUACAUGAUAGACAUGUUUAAAGCAGCACAAAGUCCACACAAAUCGUGUUUUCGAGGUUAUAGCUACUUUGUAGUAAUUUAUCACAGUGAAAGCAGCGACAGCAAAUGCUAAGUGAGAUCUAAUAUAUUUUGUGUAACAACAUUCAGCACUUAUUCAAAUGGAGCUUUUAUGUUGACCAGCAGCAAUAUUUGAGUAAUUGUGAAUGCUGACAUAUGAUGCAAAAACGCACAGUGUGUGCUAAUGAAUCGGUUUACCUGGUGUUUCGUGACGCCAAGCCGUACAUAAACAAGUAGACAAACUGUGCAGGAAUUAGGAUUUAGGUGUGUACCAGCACUACAUUUAUGACUUUCCUACUUAUGUGUUGAGCCAUGCUAGCGUUUUUGUGCGCAUCUGCUUUCCAAAUAAAACAAUAUUGUUUUAAUACAGGUCGCAGUUAUGACAUGUAAGGAAAUGUACAAAUUAUUAUUUUAUUAUUUUAAUUAUAAUUUAAAGGGAUAGACUAAGAUUUUACUGCAUAUAACUGUAUUUACUGUAUAACAAA